AACAUGAUACUCUAUAUGAAUAUGCUGCGUUAGUUUAUCAUAUGUUGCGGUAUGCUACGCAUUCUGCCAUGACCGAUUAUUUGCUUAAAUAUUUAGGUUCCAGAAGCAAAUUACGACGUGAGUCAAAGUUUGAGUUUGGUCAUAAAUGUCGACAUCCUGCCGGAAUGAAUAUUUAA